AUUCAGUAACACGUCAAUUCAUCAUUUGCAUAAAGUAAACACAUCAUCAAAUCAACGGAGCUUAUGAAAAAUAUGGAUUCUAUAUGCAGGCAGCAAACGAUUUCUUACGCUUUACCUAUUGGCUCGAAGUAUGAUUUCACACAUCAUUUACCUCAAGCCAGUGCAUCAAGAGACCAAAGUGUGCUACAGAGCAGAGCGCCGAAAUGCGCACGGUGUCGAAAUCACGGCGAAAUCAGUGUUUUAAAAGGUCAUAAACGGUUUUGCAAAUGGAAGAAUUGUGAAUGCAUGAAAUGUAACUUGAUUGCAGAAAGACAAAGAGUCAUGGCUGCUCAAGUUGCACUUCGUCGACAACAGGCUCAAGAAUCAAAAUUGAUCAAUGGGAAACAAAACUUGUUCCCAGAAUGCCCUCAAGUUAUGCAAGCAUCAAAAAGGUUUAAAACCGAAGAGUGUUAUCAUCCCCUAGCAUCUGAGAACACUGUCGGAGAACAAGAUAGAGAAACCAAAAACCCUAGUCAUAAUCACUCCGAAGAGAUUCAAAUCGAAAACAAAAGUGAUGCCACAAGCUCUGGAUGCUUCUCAUUCUCCCCGAAUAGUAGCGAUGUCUCGACUCCAAAACAACAUUCAAAUAGUUCUGAGGACGUGCGUGACCGAAUUUCUCCUCUACACUCUACUCCAGUAAGAGCUGGUUCUAAAUUCAACAAUCAAGCCGAGAAUGCAGCAAAAUUGGACAUUCCACAUAUUUUUGAUUCGAAUGAUAAUUCAACAUCAAGAAAGUUCCGGGUACUGGUCCAAACAUUUCCAACAGUUCUUCCAAGCAAAAUACUGGAAACGUUGAACGGAUGUGAUGAUGACAUUAUUAGAACAAUAGAAAAGCUAUUGGCGAAAAACUCUGAUUCUGCUGCACAUCAAGCGAUGUCGAAUACUGAAAUCAACGUUAAUUCCAAAUUAUUAACCCAGACGCCAAUAUUUGGUUUCUAUCAUACAUGGGGAAAUAAUUUUCCGAUUUCGUUACCACCACCACCACCAUAUACUCCUUCAAAUGCUCUUAACGCGGACUGGUGGAAAAGAUAUCCUUACGGAUCUUCGCUAAUCAACUUUUAUGACUCAAGAAAAAUCAAUCAACAGUUGUCAUCUGGAACGCAAAGUUAUCUGCCAAGACGAAUAAACAAGUAGACGCUUCCGUAUUUCUGACGACGUAAAAUGUAAUUUUUCCACGAAAAAUGGAUAAAGACCAAUGGAAGUCUGUAGUCUGGAAGGAGCCUAAGAAUUGAAUGCAAUGCAGUCCGUUGAUUUUUCCUAAUGUUCUUCUUUUUUUUGCAUUUACUUAAUUAUUUUGUUUUCGCCAUAUUCUCAUAAAAAUAAAAAGAGACAUAACAAGUCUAUCAUUUUUAA